UCGUUCGUCUACGAGUGGACUAAAGUAACAUAUAUCAUACACUCUCUGUCACAAUUGUCUGUCUGUGAUCUCUAUUAUUUUCUCUUUUCUCAAACUGAGCACACACAAAGGGGUUUUUUUUUGCGAACAAUCGUUUAAGCCUCUUUAUUUCGUCGACCUUGACAACGUGAUUCACACCCUCAAGUUCAAGAUUUGGCAAUAUAUUUCAAAUGGCUUCCUCCUCAUCAUUUUCUUCCUCAACACCAAGUUGGAAAUACGAUGUCUUUCUUAGUUUUAGAGGUGAGGAAACUCGCAAUACUUUUACGGAUCAUCUAUAUGAUGCUUUGAAUAAGAAGGGCAUUAUUACCUUUAGAGAUGAGGAAAAACUUGAGACGGGAAAGUCUAUUUCAUCAGCGCUCUUUAAAGCAAUAGAAGAUUCGAGGAUUGCACUGGUCGUUCUCUCAAAAAACUAUGCAUCUUCUACAUGGUGCUUGGAUGAACUUCAAAAGAUCGUUGAUUGCAUGAAAGAGAAGGGAAUGACAGUUUUGCCAGUUUUUUAUGACGUGGAUCCAUCUGAUGUACGAAAACAAUUAAAAACUUUUGAAAAAGCUUUUGUUGCAUAUGAAGAAAGAUUUAUGGAAAAUAUGGAGAAGGUUGAAAUGUGGAAAAUUGCUUUAACAGAAGUCGCCAAUCUUAAAGGGUGGCAUUUAGUGAAUAGGCCUGAGUCAAAAAUCAUCCAAAACAUUGUGGAAGACAUAUGGCAUAAAUUGAGUUAUGCAUUCUCUGAAUGUAAUGAAGGCAAAGUUGGAAUAAUUUCUCGAGGAGAGAAAUUGGUGUCACUUUUGUCUAUAGGGUCAAAUGAUGUUCGCAUUAUAGGACUUUGGGGGAUGGGAGGAAUUGGUAAAACAACUCUUGCUAGAGUUGUUUUUCGCAUGGUUUCUGAGAAGUUUGAAAGUUGUUGUUUUCUAUCCAAUGUUAGGGAAGAAUCUGAAAAAAGUGGUUUAGUUCGACUCCAACAAUUACUUAUUCUUAAACUUUUGAAUGAAAGUAUGAGUAUACAUGAUGUUGAUGAUGGAGUUUUCACAAUCAAGAAUAGGUUACGUCAUAAAAGAAUUCUUCUCAUUCUUGAUGAUGUAGAUCAAUUAGGCCAAUUAGACAACUUAGCUGGGAAUCAUAUUUGGUUUGGUUCAGGUAGUAGAAUAAUCAUAACAACAAGGGAUAGGCAUUUACUACGAUUAGCACAUGCAGAUGACAUAUAUGAUGUUGAGGGAUUGGAUGAUGGUGAAGCUCUUCAUCUUUUGAGUUUGAAAGCUUUUAAAACAGAUCAUCCUCCCAAAGAUUUUCAAGAGUUGUCCAAAGAUGUUGUGCAUUAUGCCAAAGGACUUCCUUUAGCUAUUGAAACUUUGGGUUCCUUUUUGUUCAAUAGAGGUGUUGAUAUAUGGAAAGAUACAUUGAAGAGGCUUAAAGAAUUUCCUGAAACUGCAAUUCUUCAAAAGCUUAAAAUAAGUUAUGAAGGACUACAAGAAACAGAGAAAAAAAUAUUUCUAUAUAUUGCAUGUUUUUUUAAUCAUGAGGAAAAAAAUAGUGUAGUAGAAACACUAGAUUAUCUUGAUCUUUUCCCUUAUGUUGGAUUAAGGGUCCUUGUUGAUAAAUCUCUCAUAAAAAUGAAUGAAUUUGAAGUGUGUGUGCAUGAUUUACUACAAGAAAUGUGCCAAGAAAUAGUUCGUGAAGAGUGCCGUGAAGAUCCUGGAAAGCGUAGCAUACUAUGGUCAUUUGAGGACAUUAAUAAUGUACUAAAAAACAAUACGGGAACAGAAGCAAUUCAAGGCAUGGCCUUAAAGUUGCCUGAAUUGAAAGAGGCAAAUUGGAAUCCUGAAUCAUUUUCAAAGAUGCGUCAUCUUAAAUUGCUUAGAAUUGAUAAUGUUCACCUUUUACAUGAUCCCAAACAUUUGCCAGAUAGCUUAAGAGUUCUUAUUUGGAGUGGGUACUCUUCAAAAUCUUUGCCAUCAAGUCUCCAUCUAACGAAUUUUGAGAGCUUGAAACUUAUCCAAUUGAUUGGGUCUCCAAACCUUAUUGAAACCCCUAAUUUUAACAAAAUCCCAGUUCUUGAGAAAUUGGUUCUUGUAGAUUGUUUAAAUCUACAUGGGGUGCACCCAUCAAUUGGAGUUCAUAAAAAGUUAAUUCAUCUUUGUAUAAAAGGCUGUAGAAACCUCAAAAGUCUUCCAACCAAGCUUGAAAUGGGGUCUCUUGAGACUCUUAUUCUUUCUGGAUGCCCAAAAAUUAAAAAGAUUCCAGAAUUUGGAGAAAACAUGCGGCGUGUGUUGAAACUUUACUUAGAUGGAAUUGCUAUUACUAAACUACCCACAUCAAUUGGGCAUUUGACCGACCUUGCUUUGUUGAAUAUAAGAGAUUGCAAAAGUCUCACGUGUCUACCGAGCACCAUUUUUAAUUUGAAGUUACUUAAAGAAAUGAAUAUUUCUGGAUGCUCAAAACUUGAGGGACUGCCUGAGAUAUUGGGGAACACUGAAAGUGUAAAGGAGUUAGAUGUGAGUGGAAUUGCUAUAAAAGAGGUGCCUUCUUCCAAUGGUCUCUUAAAAAAUCUUAUGCUAUCUUUCCGUGAAUGUAAAUCUACAUCUUGGUAUGAUCUCCUCCCUUUUUAUUCAAGGCCAAAAAGUCCCAAUCCCGUGGGAUUGUUCUCUCUAUCGGGUUUGUGUUCUUUGACCAAAUUGAAUUUAAGAGACUGCAAUCUCAGGGCAAUCCCAGAUGAUAUUGGUUGCUUAUUCUCUUUAGAGGAAAUAAAUCUAAGGGGAAAUAGUUUUGUUUGCCUUCCUGACAGCAUCAAUCAACUAUGUAAGUUGAGAAGCAUGGAUUUGAAGAUUUGCACGAGUCUUCGAUCAUUGCCAAAGCUUCCAUUAAGUCUCGUAUUUGUUUGGGGAGAUGGUUGUACCUCAUUGGAAACAGUACCAGAUUUACUAAGACCUAAUUCUUUAUGUGAGGUAGAGCUUUGGCUUUCAAAUUGUAGUAAACUGGCUGACAAUCAAGGUUUCAUUGACAUGUUUUUUACAGUGAUAAGAAAACAACUUCAGGGACUCUCUCUUCACGGUAGAUAUGACAAUCCUGAUUUCAAUUGGAGAUAUGAAUUCGUUAUUCCUGGAAGUGUAAUUCCAAAGUGGUUUAGCCACCAAAGUAUGGGAGCUGAAGUGAAUAUAAAAGAACCUUCUUCUCAUUUGUGUACUAAUGAUUGGAUGGGGAUUGCUGUUUGCGCUAUAUAUUGUUCUGUUCCACAUUGCAAAUCCAAUGAUAUCAUUGUUAAGCAUACACUAUCCUGUCAGUUAGUAGUGAAUGGAAAUGAAAUGCCUGCUAUAACAGAUACUGUGUCAACCAUUGGUUCAUCAGAUAAUAUUUGGCUACUUUAUUUGCUUAAACAAUACUACAAGGAGGAGGACAUAAAACUAUUGAAGGAAUGUGAAGCAAAUGAAUUCAGUCAAAUUGGCAUUAAAAUUAAACCCAGUUAUUCAGUCAUGGUGAAAAAAUGCGGGUUCCGUGUGGUAUACAAGAAAGACAUAGAAGAUCUAAACCAAACUAUGGCUCAGAGUAGCAUCACUAGCAUCAUUCCUUAUGAGGACUUGGAUGUUCACAAUCAUAAUUUCAACAAUUCAGCAGUGGUAGUAGAAUGUAAUCAAGCAAAGCGAACCCGUGAUGAUUAUGAUGGGGCUGGACCUGGUGGAGAAGGAAGCUCUAAUGAUGUGCCACACCCAAAAAGGAUUGAAAGGCUCCCAGAAGAUAACUCUAAUUGUGCAGAGUCAAGCGAGUAGGAAUGUGCUGAGGAGUUUAGUGAUUGGCAGGAAUCUAGUGAAAGUGAGCUGAAAUGUUGAUGGAAUUUGAAGGUUUCAAAUACUCUGUGCAUUGGAAGUUCAGCUCAAUGGAUGGUCAAGGAGAGUUCAAAUUUCACUAUUUGUGGGAUUGAAAGCUAGAACGUUUGUGAGUUCAAAUUACAAGUGCUGGGGCUGUCAUCCUUCAUUCUUGUUAGGUAGCUGUGGAAGCAUAUUCAAUGAGAAGAGGUCAAAAUCUACCUAUGGCUAGAGUUAGAGAGUUAGAAACGAUGGAGCUAUUACAAGAGAAGAGUUGGCUGGAAGUGCUAGAAAUUAUGGAGCUAUUCCAAGAGAAGAGUCGGCUAGAAGUGCUAGAAAUCAUGGAGUUACUCCAAGAGAAGAGUCGGCUAGAAGUGCUAAAAACAGUGGAGCUAUUGCAAGAGAAGAGUCGGCUGGAGGUGCUAGAAAUUAUGGAGCUAUUUCAAGUGAAGAGUCGGCUGGAAAUGCUAGAAAUUAUGGAGCUAUUCCAAGAGGAGAGUCGGCUAGAAGUGCUGGAAAUUAUGGAGCUAUUCCAAGAGAAGAGUCAGCUGGAAGUGCUAGAAACAAUGGAGCUAUUGCAAGAGAAGAGUCUAGAACAAGUGAAAGUGGUGGCUCACGAGUUGGAAAUAAGAAAGGGCAAGGGGCUACACGGAAUCUAAAUCUUGCAAAACUUUUUACAAAGGAAAAUGUGUGAUAAAAACAAGUAUAGUCGUUCCAAAAAUCUUAUCGUUCACAUUACUGGAUCAAAAAGUUUCCAACAACGAAGUGAAGAAGAGGUUUGUACAUAUCAUUUUCUCAAUCUUUGAAACUUAAUUUUUUUCAAGAUAAAAUAUUGUUGCAUAGUUAUUUAUGGUGCUUGACAUUUUAUGGAAUGUCUAUACUUUGUGUUGUUUAAAUGAUAGACAUUUUAUGGAAUGUCUAUGCUUUGUGUUGUUUAAAAGAUAGAGGGAGAAAACUGGAGAAGAUCCUAGUUGACUUCAAUUAUUUGAGAUCACACAUAUGAGAUCUAAUGGACAAGCUGCAAAUGAAACUACACAAGAAGUAUUGGUAUGAAAAUUUCUAAAAAUACUUGUAUAACUUGUUAAUAUUUAUUUUUAUAUGCUGUUAGAAAAUGUAUAUAUAUUUUUUUUAUGUGCUUUUAGCAAAUGUGGUAUAAAUGCUCUUUUAAUGCAAAUGAGUGAAUGACAUUUAAGAGACUUACUGCUGAAAUGGUUGAAGGGUCUUUGCAAAUGUUUGGCGAUGAAAUGUUUGUAGAGGUAUUUGAACCUUAACAUCAUGGUUGUGUUCGUGGUUAUGGAGAUGGUGUUAGUCCAACAGAAUUAUGGGGUUCCUCUUCAUCUACUAUUCGUGACCUCCAAAGGAAAUUGAAAGAAUCUGAGGAAAGACGCAAGGAGAAUGAUGCUAACCUUUUGAGGCAAUUGAAAGAAUUUGAGGAAAGAAGCAAGGAGAAUGCUGCUAACCUUCUAAGGAAAUUGAAAGAAUCCGAGGAACACCGCAAGGAAAGUGACGCUAAUGUACAACUCUUGAAGGCACAAGUUAAUCGGGUUGAGAGUUUGCUAGCACAAGUACUGAAAAACAUGGCUCCAUUUGAGCUAGCUCAAUCUGAUAGUUCUUCCUAACUUUACCAAUCAGAAUCUUACAGAUAAGAUAGAGAUCUUCUUUGAUGAGAAGCUCAAGGCCUUAUUUGAUGGUAAAAGGAUAAAGUUGGAUUCUUGAAAAUUGGGAAACUGCAAACUUUGUUAAGGCAAGUAAUUGCAAUCUCAAAUGUUUGGCUUAGGAUCAAUGGCCCUACCCUGAUACAGAUCAAAUCUCUUUUGACAUUUCUCUUUUGUCAUUUUGGAUGUUAUUGUGUCACUUUUACUUUUGUUUGAGUGAAACCUUUGGGCUGGAUUUGCAACUUAAAAAAGAUUUUAGCUGUACAUGUUGUAAAAGCAUUUAGAAAAAUAUAUUAGGACAUGUGAAAAUCAUUUGGGAAAUUAUAUUGAUGGUAUUAAUGCAAUUGUGUAUGUGUUUAUAUUU